AGUUGGAAAGUUGAUCGCAAAGAGCUUCAAAUCUUCUGAAACAUUACUCAAAGGAAUGGGCAAAACGAUGAAGCCGAUGCCAAAGUUUCUCUCCAGACAGGCUGAAGAAAAUGUUAGCGCUGUAACAAAUAUGAAGAAUGCAGAAAUGGCAAUAAAGAAUGGUUUUGGCGAUAAAGAAGAGAAUAUACUGGCAGAUGUAGUAAACAGCAUCAAAUCUGAUUUAAAAGAAAGGAUUGUCCCCAGUGUGGAAUCAAACAUGGAAAAAGACCCCUUAGCUACAUUAGUAGACUUCAUCAUUCUCUCACAACCUGAGGAUAAAAAGCAACUUCAAGAUCUUCUGAAUGAUGAGAGCAGAAAGAAAAAUCUCUUGGCCAUUUUCACAGAGUUAAGCAAAACUGCAGUGCAGCCAUUCUAUGCAGACCUCAGUUGGCAGAAUAAACUGAAUUCAUCUCUCUCCAAAAUAACUGAAAAAGCCAAAUCACACACCAAACAAAAUGCAUCUGCAAUUCUUACCACAAUCCAAACUCGUUACAUGGGCCGACUGGCAGACAAUACCAUCAGUACAGUGCUCAGCCUCCCAUAUAAGUUUUUCUCAAAUCUUCAUAAAGAGCUGAAAAUAUUUAAAGAAAAGCAAGGAAAACUAGAGAAUGUGAAAGUAAGUGAUCUAUCUGCUGAAGACAUUAAACUAUUGAAAGAGUUCAAGCACGAAUUAGCUGGCACCAUCAGUAUUAUAUUGGCUGAUGCUUUGGUAGAAGUCUUCCACCACAGGUUCUGUACUUAUAUUGUUUCUCAUGUUCACGGCCAAAUGAAAAGUAAUAUUGACCAUCAUAUAAUCAUAAACAGCUUAAAGAGUGACAGGACAGAGGAAAAACUCAGAGCUGGGCAGAACAACAUAUACAUGUCAAGAAAGCUGAAUUCUAAACACAAACUUAAGGCAGAGGCAGGUCAGCGCUCACGAUCACAUGCUGAAAAGAUCAAGAACUCCACGACUGCAGGCACCAUCCUCGAUAUCAAAGUUCUGUCAGAAGCCACUGGCACUAAAGUUGUCAUCCUAACAGAGGACAGCAAUGGAAGACUUACCAAAAUGCAGGAGCUGAGCCCAGACACUAGACCUGCUAAUACAACUGUGACAUUGAUCUACAGACCAAAGAGUGACCAAUACCCUGAUGGCCAUUAUGAUGUGCACAUCAAUAACCAGACAGUGAGCAUAGAGAGUGAGGGCAAGAGCUGUUUGUUUCAUGCUUUGGCAUGGAGUAUGAAACCAGAAGGCAGCUCUGCCGAGAUCGCUUUGGAAGCAGACCGCCUUCGAUCUGUGGAGGCUGAUGCUCUCCUCAGUAACCCAGGCCAAUGGGAGCCUUUCCUCAAGCACAAAGAGUUGACUGAAGCAAUCAGGGGAGGGGACUGGUACGUGGCAGAAGUAGCUGCACCCAAAAAGGCCAUAAAAGAAAGCAAAAAGUUACACCAGGAAGAGUUUGGAAAAGUAGAGUUAUACCAAGAAUGGCAAAAAUAUACAAAAAAAAACAAGGAACACAAUCCUCAGCGUCCUCUACUGAACAGAAACAACAACUGAGAAUGAGACUGGUGAACAAUCAGCAACAAUUCUUCCACCUCUCUGAUCAUCAUCAAGAGACCUCUCUAUUAUGAUAUGUUACUUUUAAUUCAGUUUUUUUAACUUUAUUGAAGAAAAAAUACUAAAAACAACAACACACACAUUUAUCUCAAUUUUGACUUUGAGGCAUUUUUUUAAUUGUUUUAAUUUAGAUCUUUUGAUUCUGUAGUAAAACAUACAUUUUUAAUACAGGUAAGACAGCAUAACAAUCAUACAUGCUGUUAGAAAUCCUUGGUCCUGAAUGCUGUUUAGAAUCAGGUCAGGUAGGACCGUUUGAUUUCUUUCUAAAAGGUUAUUUUCAGACUUCAAACAAAUUUUGACAUGAUCAGAAAUGAGUAAAAUUUAAAGGUCAAAUAUUCAAUUCUAAGGAACUCCCAGACACAAUAGCAAAAGCUAGCAUAUUUUAGUUCACUGCAUUAUUGAUCAGUCAGGAAAAAGAAAGGUUAGCCUGUCUACAUGUCCUUCUCUUGUCAGUUUCCAAGUAUAUUCCCAGUUACUGCCCUAUAGUGUAGAUCUAUCUAAUAUGUAAGCUUUUUUCAACAAAAAAGUCAUUUAAUUUCAAUGCAAUUUGAUUAUUAUAUUGAUUAUAUUGUUUUGCUCAUUUACAAAACCAAUUCCAAGUAUUUGGGAUUCUGUGUAAAAUGGAAAUUGAAACCAAAUACAAUCAUUUGCAGAUAUUACAAGUUCAUAUAUCUACAUUUCAGCCUUGUGAAUGCUGCCAAUUCCAUAGACCCUUAUUGCUGCCUAAUGGUGCAAAGAUAUCCAGUUGUGAUUUUUUGCUUUGACCACUGUACAAUUUUUUUUCCAGACUCUGAAUGCUUUAAUGAUGUUGUCAUAUCUUCCUAAUUUUGGACAUAGUUAUAUUAUUCUUAUGUAGUUCCACAAUUUAAAGGCAGUUUCUUGCAGACCGGUGAACCUCUACCCAUCUUAACUUCUGAGAUUUUCCUUUUUUUAAAUACCCGGUCAUGUUAGUGACCUGUUGUCAAUUCAUAUGAUUAGUUGCAAAAUGUUGCUCCAGUUGUUUAAGUUUAGCACCACCCUCUUGUUGCUCUGUCCUGUCUGUUGCUACUAUUAAAUUCAAAAUAAGCUAAUAUUUUUCAUAAAAUUCUAAACUAUGUCUCAUUUAAAACAUUUGAUAUAUUUUCACAUUUUAUUAAGAUCAUUGCUUUCUUUUUGUAUUUAAUUUUUUAGCUUUUUUAAAAAAAAUGGUUUGUAAUCUGAUGUAUCUCUCCUGUGUUCUACACCGCUUAAUUAAUUUGAUUGUUCAAUAACAUAAAAUCAAACAAAAGUAUUAAUCAAUUGACUUAUAUGGAAUUUGUCAUAUAUGUGUCAACUAAAAAAUGGAAAUUAAGUAAUGAUGUAAUUAUGCAUUAUCAUUAAAGUGUUUCAAAUUUAUGCUAAAAUCAAGACUUUAAAGUAACUACAGGUGUUACCGUAUAAUUAAAGAACACUUAAAAUUGA